AUGGAUGCAACGAUGGAAUCGGAGGGUAAAUGGUUUACAUCUGAAAGUUUGGUUUUAUUUUCAUGUCCCAAUUGGGUAUUGUCGAUCGUUUGUCUCUAA